CUCAACGGGCAGCCGUGGCGGCUGGGUAAUGGCAGCCCUGUGAGGAGGAUCCACGGGCAGCGGAGGGGCAGGAGACGCAGCCUGCGCAGGAGACGCGCCGUGUGGGGAGGGGGCGGGGAGGCGACACUGACCCAGGCCUCUCCUGUUGCCAGAUCAAUACUAACGCCCCACAAUGUCCUUGAAACCACGAGUAGUUGAUUUUGAUGAAACAUGGAACAAGCUGCUUACAACAAUUAAAGCUGUUGUUAUGUUGGAUUAUGUGGAAAGAUCAACAUGGAAUGACCGCUUUUCGGACAUUUAUGCUUUGUGUGUGGCCUAUCCUGAGCCGCUGGGGGAGAGACUUUAUAUGGAAACAAAGAACUUUUUGGAAAAUCAUGUACGCCAUUUGCACAAGAGAGUCAUGGACUCUGAAGAACAAGUACUGGUAAUGUAUCAUAGAUACUGGGAUGAAUACAGUAAAGGGGCAGACUAUAUGGACUGUUUAUACAGAUACCUCAAUACACAGUUUAUUAAAAAGAACAAAUUGACUGAAGCUGAUCUUCAGUAUGGUUAUGGAGGUGUGGAUAUGAGUGAACCAUUGAUGGAGAUUGGAGAGCUAGCACUUGAUAUGUGGAGGAGGUUAAUGAUUGAGCCUUUACAAGCUGUCCUCAUUCGAAUGCUCCUCCGUGAAAUCAAAAAUGAUCGCUGUGGAGAAGAUCCAAAUCAAAAAGUAAUCCAUGGGGUUAUUAACUCCUUUGUUCAUGUUGAACAGUAUAAGAAAAAAUUCCCUCUGAAGUUUUAUCAGGAAAUUUUUGAGUGUCCUUUUCUGAAUGAAACAGGGGAGUAUUAUAAACAAGAAGCUUCAAAUUUAAUGCAAGAGUCAAACUGCUCACAGUAUAUGGAAAAGGUUUUAUGUAGAUUAAAAGAUGAAGAAAUGAGGUGUCGAAAAUAUCUACACCCCAGUUCCUAUGGCAAAGUAAUUAAUGAAUGCCAACAGCGAAUGGUAGCAGAUCACUUACAGUUCCUUCACGCAGAAUGCCAUAACAUUAUCCGACAAGAGAAGAGAAACGGUAAAGACAUACAGGACAUGGCAAAUAUGUACACGUUGCUUCAUGCUGUGCCAAGUGGAUUACCUCAUAUGAUUCAGGAACUACAAAAUCAUAUCCAUGACGAGGGCCUUAGAGCAACCAGCAAUCUUUCUCAGGAAAACAUGCCCACUCAGUUUGUGGAGUCAGUGUUGGAAGUACACAGUAAAUUUGUUCAGCUCAUCAGCAGCGUUUUGAACGGCGACCAGCGAUUUAUGAGUGCCCUUGACAAGGCCUUGACAUCCGUAGUGAACUAUAGGGAACCAAAGUCUAUCUGCAAAGCUCCCGAGCUGCUGGCCAAGUAUUGUGACAACUUGCUAAAAAAAUCUGCAAAAGGCAUGACAGAAAAUGAAGUAGAAGACAAACUUACUAGCUUCAUUACUGUUUUCAAAUACAUUGACGACAAAGAUGUUUUCCAAAAAUUCUAUGCCAGAAUGUUGGCAAAACGACUUAUACAUGGUUUGUCUAUGUCCAUGGACUCUGAAGAAGCUAUGAUUAACAAAUUGAAGCAAGCCUGUGGUUAUGAGUUUACUAGCAAGCUCCAUCGAAUGUAUACAGACAUGAGUGUCAGUGCAGAUCUUAACAACAAAUUCAACAACUUCAUAAAAAAUCAGGACACCGUCGUAGAUUUGGGAAUUAGUUUUCAGAUAUACGUUCUUCAGGCUGGUGCGUGGCCUUUAACUCAGGCGCCUUCAUCUACAUUUGCAAUUCCUCAGGAACUGGAAAAAAGUGUACAGAUGUUUGAAUUAUUUUACAGUCAGCAUUUCAGUGGGAGGAAACUCACCUGGCUUCAUUAUCUCUGCACAGGUGAAGUUAAAAUGAAUUAUUUGUGCAAACCGUAUGUAGCCAUGGUUACAACAUACCAAAUGGCAGUGCUGCUUGCCUUCAACAACAGUGAAACUGUCAGUUAUAGAGAACUUCAAGACAGUACGCAGAUGAAUGAGAAAGAAUUGACAAAAACGAUUAAGUCCUUACUUGAUGUCAAAAUGAUCAACCAUGACUCUGAGAAGGAAGAUGUAGAAGCAGAGUCUACUUUUUCAUUAAAUAUGAACUUCAGCAGUAAACGGACAAAAUUUAAAAUCACUACAUCAAUGCAAAAAGAUACACCGCAGGAAAUGGAGCAAACCAGAAGCGCUGUAGAUGAAGAUAGAAAAAUGUACCUUCAAGCUGCUAUAGUUCGUAUCAUGAAAGCGCGGAAGCUGCUGCGACACAAUGCUCUUAUUCAGGAGGUAAUUAGCCAAUCAAGAGCUAGGUUUAAUCCAAGUAUCAGCAUGAUUAAGAAGUGUAUUGAAGUUCUGAUUGACAAACAAUACAUUGAGCGGAGCCAGUCCUCAGCAGAUGAGUACAGCUAUGUAGCAUGAGGUUAAUAUCCUGCAGCACCACGUUUCUCCGAACACAUUGAAAUUGUAUGAGCAUCGGCCUCCUGUUAGACCAGCCGGGAAUUAAAUUAGGUUUGCAUUGUGCUAGCAAAGUGGAUGUCAAGUUUUCAUUUCAGGAGGUGCCACACUUUGCCGGUGCUUGAAGCAUCAUUGCAAGUGCAGUGCGCAAACACUUUCCCUUCCCCAUUGAAAGGUUUCAUUUUAAACAAAUGGAUAUGGAUGUAGGGUAAAUGUGUGCCAAGAUUGUGCAAGGUAAUGUAUGGAAGAAUGUGAUAUUCCUCCAGCUCUUAAAAACAUUUGGCCUGAAGUAAAGAAUACUUUUUCUCAAUAUAGGCAAGGUAGAGACAGAAUGAGAGAGGCAGUAUGCUCAAACAGCUGCAGGUCUUGACUGAACAUUCAUGCCCUCUGCCCUACUCAUGACCACUGUUCAAACUGUGUGUGUGCCAUGGAUGGUAUGUGCUUAGGAUGACCAUAUAUCCUACUUGACAAAGGACAGUCCUCUAUUUUCAAAAAUCCUCUAUUUGAAGCUCCAAACCUUGUUUGAAGAUAAAGAACUGCUAUGAAAAGAAUAGGGGCUGGACCAGGACAGCUGACAUGAGCAGACAACACUGGCCUGAGGCUUCCUCGCUGUGCUGAGAUGGAUUGCAUUUCUAUUUAAAUUACAGCGAUUAUUUAUAAAUUUGCAACAAUGUUUUAAACCAGGCAAAUUUUACGGAAGUCUGUCCACUUUUGUUCCCUUCUGUAUGUGAUCCAUUUCCUCUUAUAUGUUUUAUUUAAGGCAUUUAUGUGUUGUUUAAUCAUUCACAACUCUAAGCAGUCCACAGAACAUGAGGCAAUAAAACAAACAAAUUCAUAAAACUCCAACUGAACUCAAUUCAAAGUUAUGGUUAUUGCUUCUAAAGCUUUAAAUAUGGGUUUGGGACAAGGCUAUUUGAAGGACCGCCAUCUUCCAACUUGAUGUUGCCCGACCACGACAUUCUUUCUCUGAGCCUUCUUCCAUCUCUUGUAACCACUGGGAAUCCAGUUGGCUGUGAUGCAUGACAUCACCUUGGCCAUGUUCCUUUGGAUAGUGAAGACCAGUUGCUGAACAGAAAGAUCGCAAAAUUUUGCCUUUGGAUCCCAGGUCGACUUUUCAACAUUUCUAUUAAGUUCUCAGCUAAAUUGUACCACUCUUCUCUUGUUGUAAUAACAUUCGUAAGCUAGGAAGCCCUGUUUGGACCAAAAGAUGAAUAAACAUAUUAUUUUGUAAGGCAAGGUAGUAGAGGUGAUCUAAGAGAGGACAAUACUUCCUCAAUACAAAUUGGAAAAUGCAUCAUUUCCCACACCCAGGCCAUUCCUUCUUUUUGAUACUUCUCCAUGCAGCUGAACUUCCAUGAGGGAGGGAGCAGAGGAAAAAGAAAUUACCUCUUAGACCAGUGAUGGCGAACCUAUGAUAUGCGUGUCAGAUAUGCGUGUCAGAGCCCUCACUGCUGGCACGCGCCCUAUCGGCCCAUUCGCGCUGUUGUUGUUGUCCCCCCCCCCCCAUUUGUUCUCCUGCUCCUCCUACAGCUUUUUCUUAUACCAGAUCGUAUAAGAGCUUUUCUCCUCUACAGCUUGUCUCCACUGUUAAAACUCGGAUCCUUUUUGUUGUUGUUGUUGCUGCUGGUAGCCAGUUGAUUGGUUUUUUAACCCUUUCUGGGCUAUUUUUUCUGGCGCUUUGGCAGACUAUGAUUGGGUGUAACAGCGUUCAUUUUUUAACCCAUUCUGUGCUGGGUUUUUUGCGCUUUGGCAGACUAUGUCGGUGCUGCGUGUUAGUUCCAGCAAAGGUAUUAUUCGUCAUUUAUUUCUGUUCUCUUUCCUCCCCAAAAGCACAGCAGCUUUGGGGCACCCCCCCAAAAAAGCAAAGCAACUUUUGCACCCUCCAAAAAAACCCCUCCGAAACUUUGGUCAGCAGCUCCCCCCCCAAAAUCUCAACAGCUCUGGGCACUUUGUGAUAAAUAAGGGUUUUUUUGGUUUGGUUUGGUUAAAUAAUUCGUUUUUGGUUUAUUAAAUACAGUUAUAUAUUACAAUUAAACAUUUUUGUUAUUUAAACUAUAAAUAUCAUGAAAUUAUGGUUUUUUUCUUGAAGUGACACACCACCCGAGUUAUGCUCGGUUUUUUGGCGAAUUUUGACACACCAAGCUUAAAAGGUUGCCCAUCACUGUCUUAGACAAUCAUUACAAGAGGGAUGGAUGCAUAAAAACACAAGGUUAAGAGGACGGCAGCUGGGAUUACCCUGUUUUCAGCACAUUCAGUGAAUGAGAAAUACUAUAAUUAUUGGCCUUUUGAGUGCCGGUUAUUUUCUUCAGUAUUGAAGUGCAUUCUGCUGCAGCUGUGAAGCAGUUAGACCCCUUGCAUUUGCUUUGCCAUUUAUUUUGGCACCAGCAAUGGUGUCUUGUUUCAAGCCUGUAACUCAGUGUAAUCCUAAAUGUUCAUUGUUUGUCAAUAAUAUUAUCUGCCAAACAAAACUUGGCUUAGUGAUGUUGAAGAGCUUGUUUGCUGAAUCACAUUCAUUGUGAAAUGCCACACCUUUAGGUACAGUACCGUGGAGGAUAAGGCUAUAUUCUUGCUCCUGCAUAUCAGAUGUUGGGAAUCACAAGCAGGGAGAGUGCUGUUUUGCUGAUACUGGACGUAAUAUAGACAUCAUGACCAUUGCUAGCCUUACCUUCCAUAAAUUUGCCUGAUCCCCAUUUAAAGCUAUCUGAGUUGCUGGCCAUCCCUACAUCCUGGUGUAGAAAAUCCCAUAGCUUAACUCGUGCCAAAUGAAAGUUCAGAAAUCUCGUUUCUUUUGCAUAUGUUCACUCCAAUUAAUGGCCAACCAAAUUACUUAAUGCUGCAUGUGUGCCUAGUUCAUGUUCCAGUUAAAGGAUCCUAGAGUUGAUAGAGUUUGGAAAGAAGCCUUGCCAGAAACAUUGAAAAGCCUCUGUCAGUCGGAGAAGGCCGUGCUUGCCAGAAGCACCGCAGAUCUGAUGUCAAGGUGCAGCUUUGUGUGUUCUGAUGUAGCUUCUAAAACGGUGAAACAAUGGUCUUGUUAGAUCAAACCAUCUAAAGGCCUGUUGCAGCCGGCUAGGCGCUUCCAGCUGCUCUGACUGGUCCCUGAGACAUGCCAGUUGCUACAGUGCAACAGUGAGAGAGGGUUAUUGCCCUCAUGCCCUGCUUGUAGGCUUCCCAGAGGCAUCUGAUCAGCCCCUAUGGAGAAACAGGAGGCUUGACCGGUGCUCCAUUCACGCUAUACAUUUGAAGCACUAGGAUACUACAGUGAUACCUCGGAAGUCGAACGGAAUCCAUCCAGAAGUCCGUUCAACUUCCAAAAUGUUCGGAAACCAAGGUGCGGCUUCCGAAUGGCUGUAGGAAGUUCCUGCAGCCAAUCGGAAGCCACAUCAGAUGUUUGGGUUCCAAAGAACGUUCGCAAACCGGAACACUCACUUCCGGGUUUGUGGUAUUCAGGAGCCAAAACAUUUGACUCACAAGGCAUUUGGGAUCCAAGGUAUGACCGUACUUCAGAACAGUCAUAGCUUACCUUCAAAGAAUCCUGGGGGUUGUAGUUUCUUAAGGGUACUGAGAGUUGUUAGAAAACCCAUAUUCAUUCCUCUCACAGAGUUACAAUAUCCAGAGCAGUUUAGCAAUUAUUUCCCACUUUUCAGGGAAUUCUGGGAAUUGUAGCACUGUGCAGGGAACAUGGAUCUUCUAACAACUCUCAUCACCUAUGGCUGCCAUAAUUAUUUGUUUAAGGCAGCUGAAGUGCUUUGAAUGUAUGGUGUGAAUGUGCUGUCAUAGGUCUGUGAUCUGAUCCAGCUGGGCUAAUUCAGUUAAUUGACAAAACUUGAGGUUGUU